AUGUCUUAUCAAAACCCGGCAACCUUCUCCCCAUAUACAUUACCCCCGGACGAACAAAAAGCAAAAACAGCUCGAAAUUCGAUCCGUUAUGCACACGUUCCUAGUGCUAGCACUUCAGCGUCAACUUCAGCUAAUCCCUUCGGGGUAUAUCAGACUACAGAACAGUUACCUGACGGUCAAAUAAAAGUUAAUAAAUAUGAAACCAAUUUACCAAUAAGACCAACGAUUAAACAUUCUUCGCGUAGGGUUGACAUCGAGGCCGCCAUGACUUAUUGCUUAGGCAGCAUCACUGGAGUUUUGUUUUUAAUAGUUGAGCAGAAAAACGAUUAUGUGCGGUUUCAUGCGUGGCAGUCUUCGAUCUUUUUUGCGGUUAUCUUUGUAAAUAUUGUUCUGUUGGGUAAAUCUUAUAGAGCAUACUUGGAUGGUGCAACACUGGAACGAUUUGAACUGCCAUUUUUUGGGAAACUUGCUAGUUCAUGGGUUGAUAACGAAUAG